UUGUCAAAAUGGCAGGACACGAACAUCAUCACCACUUCUCUCUCUGUUUCUGCGAUUUAAUGAGGUUGUUGUGGUCCCUGGUUGUGCCAUGCGCCUACCUCAGCCUGGUCCUGACCCUCGUGCUGCUGCUGCUCCUGUUGGGGGUCCGCAUGUGGUUGCAGGGCCGCCGCAAGGCCCGCCGGACUCAGGACGGCGGCCCCGCGGUGGCCUUCUUCCACCCGUACUGCAACGCUGGAGGAGGCGGGGAACGGGUCCUCUGGUGCUCCCUGAGGGCCCUCAUGCACCGAUACCCUGGCAUCUCCUUUGUAGUUUACACGGGUGACCAGGGAGUGACCGGUGAGCAGAUUCUGGAGGGAGCCCGACAGCGUUUCAACAUUACACUGCCUCGACCAGUCACCUUCAUCUUCCUGCGUCACCGCUCACUGGUGGAGGCCAGCUCUUACCCACACUUCACUCUGCUGGGACAGAGCUGUGGCUCCAUGUUCCUCGGUUGGGAGGCGCUGACUGCUUUUGUUCCCGACCUGUACGUGGACUCCAUGGGUUACGCCUUCACCCUGCCCAUCUUCCGCUACCUGGGAGCGUGUAAGGUGGCAAGCUAUGUUCACUAUCCCACCGUCAGCACCGACAUGCUGUCAGCGGUCAGAGAGAGGAACCCCAGAUUCAACAACGCUGACUUCAUAUCCAGAAACCCCAUGCUAAGUGCAGUGAAGGUGGUGUACUACUGCUGCUUCGCCCUGCUGUACGGUCUGGCCGGCUCCUGCAGCGACGUCAUCAUGGUGAACUCCACCUGGACGCUGGGACACAUCCUGGCUCUGUGGCGCUCCCCGAACCGCACCAGUGUCGUCUACCCGCCCUGUGACGUCAGGGCUUUUCUGGACGUCCCGCUAGAGGAGGAGGAUGAAGAGGAGGUGGAGGAGGGCUGGGAGGAGCUCGGGAGGGAGCUGGGGAGCGGAGAGGAAGAAGAGGGAGGAGGGGACAGGAAGUGCCACUCCAUCGUGUCGGUGGGUCAGUUCCGGCCAGAGAAGGACCACCGGCUGCAGAUUCGGGCGUUUCACAAGCUGCUGGACAGGAAACAGGAGGGGCCUGGGGGGCGGGAGUCUCUACGGCUGGUGCUGAUUGGUGGAUGCAGAAACCAGGAGGACGAGGAGCGGGUGCUGAUGCUGCGGGGGCUCUGCCAGGAGCUGGGAGUGACUGACCGAGUCGACUUCAAACUUAACGUGCCCUUCGAGGAGCUGAAGAGAGAGCUGGUGGACGCCACCAUCGGUCUGCACACCAUGUGGAACGAACACUUUGGAAUAGGUGUGGUGGAGUGUAUGGCUGCAGGCACCAUUGUCCUUGCUCACAAGUCUGGAGGUCCAAAGCUGGACAUCGUGGUGCCUCAUGAAGGUGGACAGACUGGUUUCUUGGCUGACAGCGAGGACAGCUACGCCACCGCAAUGGAAAGCAUCCUGGCACUGUCGCCAUCGGCCCGACUGGAGAUCAGACGUAAUGCCCGGCACUCUGUGGAAAGAUUCUCCGACCAGGAGUUUGAGACUUGUUUCCUUGCUACCAUGGAGUCUCUGAUGGGUAAUCUGGAGCGAUGAGGAGGAACAGACGAGGCCCGGUGUCCACCAGGGACCAGGACUUUUAUUAAAAUGUAUUCUGUUACACAGAUAUUUGGGGUGAAGCAGUGAAAGUCAUAUCUGCGUUUAAAACAAGCUAAGCUUCUGACACUAUCAGUUAAAUGUGGCACAGUACCUUGUUCAUAAUUAAACUUAAUACAGAAAGAAGCGGACAUUGUUAAGAGAAGUUCCUGGUGGACACACAGAUAAAACUGACCUUAUUUGCUGCGGUGAAGCAAAAAAAUAAACAAACGAUUAUUUCCAGCGACUUUGCAUGUGUAAAACUCACAAUGACUGUUCACCACACAAACAGAAACAUGGAGCAGCAAGAUGUUGUUCAGAUUGACAGGGCUGCAGUUCAUCUAUGUAAGUUCCAGUGACGCAGCUUGAAGAAGCAAAUGAACACAAACUUAAAAAUCACAUUGUGUUCACCAGUAAACUUUUGUUGUUAAUGUUGAUGUGACGUUGGCUAACAGCUUAAAACCUCAAGCUUCAGAAUAUCUAAUUUUUCCUUGUGGAAAUACCUUGAGAUUUUGUUGUUUUUUUAGUGUUAAAUAGGAAUAUCAUCAUAAAUAUCAUAUCACUGUGAUAUUUGGUCCAGGAAGUGUUGAGCCUAGCUUAGCACAAAGGUUGAAAGCAGAGAAAAACUCCUACUCUGCAUAAAGAGAGAAACAGUUGGUCUUCCAUCUGUUCUAAAAUCAUCUUAUUUACAUGUUUUAUCUUAUUAGCUAGCAAGCUAGUGACCAUCAUUUGGUUGCGCUUUCCCUCUGCUUCCAGUCUUUUUGCUAAGCUAGGCUAAAGACACACUGGACUUAUUUCACGACUAGAGGCACAAGAAUGAAACUGAUAGAAAUAUUCUGACUUUGAAGCAUGACUCCCCAAAUAUUCAUUUGAGGCUUUAAAUUAAAUUAAGAGUAGUUACUUUCUAAAAAGAUUUUUACUCGACACCACUGACGGCCACAAAUGUUUGCUACUGUGGAAGUGAGUUAUAUUGAUUCAUAUAUAUCAUAUUCAUAUAUACAUAUAUGUGUGUGAAUAUAUACAUAUAAACACUGAUGUGAUUUUGAUUGUAGUUUAUUUAUGGUGAUUUCUCCUGACCAAGUUAUGGAAAAUGAAGACUUUUUGUUUAGUGUCUCUGUGCACAUCGAAGAAGCACUUAAUAACGGCCAAAUCAUUCUUUAUUUUAAAUGUUGUUUCACUUCCUGCAUUCCUGUUUGUAAUGAGGCAUGGAAAUAUGAUGAUGUGUUAAAUAAUAAAGUAUCUUUAUUUUGAAAGAGG